CGCCUGGUCCCGCCCCCCCGCCCCUCCCUUCCCUCCUCCCCGCUCCGGGCCCCACCCGGCUCAGACGGCUCCGGACCGGACCUCGACCACAGGCCGCUCCGCGGGCGCCUCGGAUCCCCGCGGGACCCCUGUCCAGCCCGCCGCCCGUGCAGCCGCCUGCGCGCCCCAUCGGCAGCUCUCCCCUGCCCCUCUCCCUCGGCGAGACCAGUGGCAGCGUGCAGCCACCAUGUUCAGCUGGCUGAAGCGGGGCGGCGCGCGGGGCCAGCAGCCUGAGGCCAUCCGCACUGUGACCUCAUCCCUCAAGGAGCUCUACCGCACCAAGCUGCUGCCUCUCGAGGAGCACUACCGAUUCGGCGCCUUCCACUCGCCGGCCCUGGAGGAUGCCGAUUUCGACGGCAAGCCCAUGGUCCUGGUGGCUGGCCAGUACAGCACGGGCAAGACCAGCUUCAUCCAGUACCUGCUGGAGCAGGAGGUGCCAGGCUCCCGCGUGGGGCCCGAGCCCACCACCGACUGCUUCGUGGCUGUCAUGCACGGGGACACCGAGGGCACUGUGCCGGGCAACGCCCUUGUGGUUGACCCUGACAAGCCCUUCCGCAAGCUCAACCCUUUCGGGAACACCUUCCUCAACAGGUUCAUGUGUGCCCAGCUCCCCAAUCAGGUCCUGGAGAGCAUCAGUAUCAUUGACACUCCGGGCAUCCUAUCAGGCGCCAAGCAGAGAGUGAGCCGGGGCUACGACUUCCCGGCCGUGCUGCGCUGGUUCGCGGAGCGCGUGGACCUCAUCAUCUUGCUCUUCGACGCGCACAAGCUGGAGAUCUCCGACGAGUUCUCCGAGGCCAUCGGCGCCCUGCGGGGCCAUGAGGACAAGAUCCGCGUGGUGCUCAACAAGGCGGACAUGGUUGAGACCCAGCAGCUGAUGCGCGUCUACGGGGCGCUCAUGUGGGCGCUGGGCAAGGUGGUGGGCACGCCCGAGGUGCUGCGCGUCUACAUCGGCUCCUUCUGGGCCCAGCCGCUCCUGGUGCCCGACAACCGGCGCCUCUUCGAGCUGGAGGAGCAGGACCUCUUCCGCGACAUCCAGGGCCUGCCCCGCCACGCCGCCCUGCGCAAGCUCAACGACCUAGUGAAGAGGGCCCGGCUGGUGCGGGUUCACGCGUACAUCAUCAGCUACCUGAAGAAGGAGAUGCCCUCCGUAUUUGGGAAGGAGAACAAGAAGAAGCAGCUGAUCCUCAAGUUGCCCGUCAUCUUUGCCAAGAUCCAGCUAGAGCAUCAUAUAUCUCCUGGUGACUUCCCGGACUGCCAGAAGAUGCAGGAGCUGCUGAUGGCUCACGACUUCACCAAAUUCCACUCGCUGAAGCCAAAGCUGCUGGAGGCCCUGGACGAGAUGCUGACCCACGACAUCGCCAAGCUCAUGCCCCUCCUGCGGCAGGAAGAGCUGGAGAGCACCGAGGUGGGCGUGCAGGGCGGCGCUUUCGAGGGCACCCACAUGGGCCCGUUCGUGGAGCGGGGGCCCGAUGAGGCCCUGGAGGACGGCGAGGAGGGCUCGGACGACGAGGCCGAGUGGGUGGUGACCAAGGACAAGUCCAAGUACGACGAGAUCUUCUACAACCUGUCGCCCGCCGAUGGCAAGCUGAGCGGCACCAAGGCCAAGACCUGGAUGGUGGGCACCAAGCUCCCCAACUCGGUGCUGGGGCGCAUCUGGAAGCUGAGUGACGUCGACCGGGACGGCAUGCUGGAUGACGAGGAGUUCGCCCUGGCCAGCCACCUCAUCGAGGCCAAGCUCGAGGGCCACGGGCUGCCCACCAACCUGCCCCGCCGCCUGGUGCCGCCCUCCAAGCGGCGCCACAAGGGCUCUGCAGAGUGAGCCAGCCACUGCCUGCCGGCCCUCCCUCCCUCUUGCCCUGCUGUGGCUCCCCAGCACCAGCUGGCUGCACGCACACCCCCGCCCCAGCCUGCACGCACGCUGCCUGCCCACCUUCUCAGCUGUAAGGAUGGGGGUCUCUCUACUCCCCUCUGCCAGACAGUGGGGACCAGGGGAGGGGCAAGGCUUCUCUGCCUGGCCUUGCAUCUCUACCCUCACGUACACUUAGGCACAUCCCGUUGACAUUAACACACACACGCACAGAGCCAUCGAUUCAGUCAUCGUUCAUUCAAGUAUUUAUUGAGCACGUACUAUGUUUGGAUGUGCAGGGCUUGUUCUGGGCACUGGGGAGUACCCCAGAGAGCAAAACAGACACGUGUAUCUGCCCUCAGGG